CCAGGAUGCGGUGGCCGGCCACUCAGUUUGGGAGCAGCCCAGGCGCUUAUUGACUGGGGCGGUGCAGGCUGCCCUGCGGCGACAGGGUUAUCCUCGGCAGGUUCGCGAUGCAGCGGGCGGCGAAGCCUCGGCGGCGCUCAAGGUGCGACCGGAGCGCAGCCCUCGAGACCGCAUCCUCACUCUGGAGUCCAUGAACCCUCAGGUGAAGGCGGUGGAGUACGCUGUGCGCGGACCCAUAGUGCUCAAGGCCGGGGAGAUCGAGAUGGAGCUGCAGCGGGGCAUCAAAAAACCAUUCACAGAGGUAAUCCGAGCCAACAUUGGGGAUGCCCAUGCUAUGGGCCAGCAGCCAAUCACCUUCCUCCGUCAGGUGAUGGCACUCUGCACCUACCCAAAUCUGCUAAGCAGCCCCAGCUUCCCAGAAGAUGCUAAGAAGCGAGCCCGGCGAAUCCUGCAGGCUUGUGGUGGAAACAGCUUGGGAUCUUACAGUGCCAGCCAGGGUGUUAACUGUAUCCGUGAGGAUGUGGCAGCCUUUAUCACCAGGAGAGAUGGUGUGCCUGCAGACCCAGACAACAUUUACCUGACCACUGGAGCUAGCGACGGUAUUUCUACGAUCCUGAAGCUCCUGGUCUCCGGGGGUGGCAAGUCACGGACAGGGGUGAUGAUCCCCAUCCCACAGUACCCUCUGUACUCCGCGGUCAUCUCUGAGCUUGACGCUGUCCAGGUGAACUACUACCUAGAUGAGGAGAACUGCUGGGCCUUGAAUGUGGACGAGCUCCGGCGGGCAGUGCGGCAAGCCAAAGACCACUGUGACCCCAAAGUUCUCUGCAUUAUCAACCCUGGGAACCCCACAGGCCAGGUACAAAGCAGAAAGUGCAUAGAAGAUGUGAUUCACUUUGCCUGGGAAGAGAAGCUUUUCCUCCUGGCUGAUGAGGUCUAUCAGGACAAUGUGUACUCUCCUGACUGCAGAUUCCACUCCUUUAAGAAAGUCCUUUACCAGAUGGGGCCUGAGUACUCCAGCAAUGUGGAGCUUGCAUCCUUCCACUCUACCUCCAAGGGCUACAUGGGCGAGUGUGGCUACAGAGGGGGCUACAUGGAGGUGAUUAAUUUGCACCCUGAGAUCAAAGGCCAGCUGGUAAAGCUACUCUCAGUUCGUCUCUGCCCGCCAGUGUCUGGACAAGCUGCUAUGGAUAUUGUUGUGAAUCCUCCUGUCCCAGGCGAGGAGUCUUUUGAGCAGUUUAGCAGGGAAAAAGAAUUUGUUCUUGGUAAUCUGGCCCAAAAAGCAAAGCUGACUGAAGAUCUGUUUAACCAAGUCCCAGGGAUUCACUGCAACCCCUUGCAAGGAGCUAUGUAUGCCUUUCCCCGGAUUCUCAUUCCUGCCAAGGCUGUGGAGGCGGCUCAGUCCCAUAAGAUGGCCCCAGACAUGUUUUACUGCAUGAAGCUCCUGGAGGAGACUGGCAUCUGUGUUGUGCCGGGAAGUGGCUUUGGGCAGCGAGAAGGCACCUACCACUUCAGAAUGACAAUUCUCCCUCCCGUGGAGAAACUGAAGACAGUGCUCCAUAAGGUGAAAGAUUUUCACCUCAAGUUCCUGGAGAAAUACGCAUGAGGAUGCCUCAGGUGCCAGAGGGUCUUGGUUCCAAGGCCCAGGCCUUCCUCAUGGACUCUGCCUCAGACCUCACACAGGUGGCCAGCCCAGUUCAUCAUAAUUUUUUCCAGGAGACUUCUCUCUUUGUGCCUUGAUGUUGAGAGUUCUCUUCUGAGCAAACAGUGAUUUUGCAAUGUCUUGAAGGCCCUGUUUUUUCUUUUGUUGUUGUUUUGUUUUUAUUUAAAUGCAACCAAAGUAGAGUCAGCUUACUCAGCAGAUGUGGCUGAAAUUCUCUGAAUCAACUAUUGUUGUUUUCAGAAAGUUCCUUUGGGUUUUGAACAGCCAGGGUGCAUUGAGAUGAGAUAGUUCAGAUCUGCAGAAACAAGCAGGUGUUUGGAAAGUGUGACCUAACGUGGUAAGGACAGGUCACCCAGAAUCAGCAGUGAGAUCCCUUGCAGCAUGGCAAAUCUACAGAUCCAGCGAGGUCAUUCUGGGCUGGAGAUAGGCAGCACAUCACAGACCAGAAUACUGGAGUCACAUCAGACACCAGGCUAGAGUGUACUGAACACGGGGUUGACAGGGGACGUGGCCUAGACCUGAGCUGCCCAGCAGGUGACGACUCAGCACACAGAGCUUUGAACAUGCUUUUGCCGAGACCUUGGUAUUCAGGGACACCAGGGAGAGCCCGGAAAUACCUUGGUGACUGUGGAUGGAUCCAUCCCACCGGUUACCUAGGGAGUUUUUUCCCAGGGGCUUGUCUGCACCUUUGCACUUAUUGCCCUCUGCUGGUAGCAGCAGAGAUAAGCACAGGCUGAAAAUGCCCUAAAUUAGGAGGAGGUGAUGACCCUUUAAAAAAAAAAAAUGUCAAGCGCCUGCAGAUUUUUUAAUUGUUUCAAACUAAAUUUGGUUCAUUUUGCAACUUUAGUUGGUCACAGUGCCUGGUACACUGACUGCCAGGAAGGAGUGCACAAUCUGAGUCAGUGUAUUUCUCUCCACUUGAGUUUCCUGCCUCCCUUCCUGAUCUGUCUGUGUCAUGCCUACAUCAGCCGCCAUCCCUCCAUGUACCAGAGUAGCAGCCACCAAGCAAGUCUAUUUCUUGAAUUAGCGCACCUGGGUGGAGCCAGAGAUGGGUGCUAUAGGGAGCUGCAGGCCAGGGUUUCCUUCCCAACAGAAGCCAGGGAAGCUAUGGCCAGCUCAUGAGCCUGGGGACCCAGUGAGUCUGGGGAGUGCAAGGCUAGAGAGAGCAAUGUGGAGGGCUGUGAGGUAAGGCCAGGAACCUAUCUCCUGUGCUGUGAUUCCAUACUAGGUCUAUGUAGGGGGUUCGUUUUUAAUACUCACGAGCAUUACAUUACUGUGAAGGAAGCAGCCACUUUCUUAACAAAAUGGAAUGUUCUGGAACUUUUCUUUAAAAAGUUGAAAAGGUAGCAUGUGUGCUUGCUAGGCAUAUAAACCAGAUGUGCUCCAAUGUUCUGAGAUUCCUCAAUGAAAGGUAAACUAGAAGCUAGUAUAUUUUUUAUAUUUUUGUAACAAUUGCUUUUUUCAUGGGGGGGGUGGAAGGGUUAGUAUUUAUAGUCCUAACAAGUCCAAUAAUUUUUAUAAAUCUCUUCAGAUUAUAAAUAAUCCUCCAAAUUUUGCAAUGUUUACAUGUUUUUUUUAAAAAGACGAUAAUUAUGCUAGGUUUGCUUUUUAAAUAAAAGCUUAGGUGUGCUAAGAGAUUAAUAACUUCAAAUAGGAAUACUGGUUAUGGUAGUUCGGAUUUUCUAUAGAUUCUAUCCCUAUGCCUUUUCUGUUUCAGCAUCACUCAACACAGUUGUUUGUCAUUUGGGUUUCCCUUAAGAGUCUACACCUGUAAGGUUUCUGUUCCUCCAGAGAUGCUUGUGGGUGAUGCUGAGGAAGCCUGGGCCAGGCUGGACCUGGGACAGUCACACCCCAAAGACAUUGUUUCCAUUGGAUGUAAGAGCAAGUGAAGACCUGCCUGUCCUCUGCUGUUCCCCAUCAUCAGGUCUUCAGGACUCCCUGAUGGAGGUCCUUGUAAUAGCUGUGCUGGGGAGAUCUGAACAAUAAAAUAUGUGCCCAGAGUGGUGACUGUU